AUGGAGAGUUUUCUUAGCCGCCUCGUUAUGGAUGCUGAGGGAGGUAUCUCGCAGCGUAAGACAAUGAAGGAAAUUGCAGUAACUCGUGAUAACAUUACUAGUGACGAUGAAGAACGCCAACGAAUGGGUCUUAUGGAACUUUGUGAUAUGCUGAACAUGUCGACUUCUUUAACUAUAUCUUCUAUACGGCCAAAUGUAUUUGUUCCACCCCUUUUAAAUUGUUUAAAACGGGAGCACAAUAUAGAUUUAAUGCUUUUAGCUGCCCGUGCUUUGACGUAUAUGGUAGAUGCAAUUCCUACUACUGUAUUUGUUUUAGGAACUGAAGGUGGAGUGGAAGUUGUUCUUCAACACCUGCGUGAGGUUAAAGAUAUUGAACUUACAGAACAAUGUUUACUCUGUGUAGAUAAAAUAACGCAAACCCCUCCUGGUGCUUUAAUGACUCUAGAAAAAGGUGGGGUUAAUGCUCUUUUAGUAUUUGUUGACUUUUUCAGUUCAUCAUCGCAACGUAAGGCAUGGGAAAGUGUGGCAGCCAUGUGUCGUCGAGUUGAUUUAUCUACAUUUGAUAAAGUUCAAGAUUCUUUAGGUGAAAUUCGUGCUCGUGUGGAUAAUAAUGAUGCUAAAAUUGCUGAAAAGGCUAUUUCAUCACUUUACAGAAUUAUCACUGGUGUUCGUACUAAACCUGAUCUUGUUGCAGAAGCAUAUGGUGAUGUUUCCCACACACUUAUGAUUAUUCUUACUAGAAAUGAUCUCAGUGAAAAUACAUUUACUACAGCACUUACCCUUAUUGGUACCGCAGUUUCCCACAGUACUGAAGUUACUCGAAGAGCUCUAGAAAGUGGUUUAGUGGAAUGUCUGUUCGCCCUCAUUAGUCGUUCUUCAGAAGAGCAGUUAAGUCAAACUUUACGAUCUCCAGGAGCAAGUCCUAUGCUUCGAGCAAGAAGUCCUUUUGGGACUUCCUUUCCUAGUGAUUCUUUUACACGGACUACUUUACCACCUGCAUUAUCAGGAGCAGGAGCAGGAGCAGCGUCUAUUCCUAAAGAUAAGCGACUAACGAUGGAACAAACUAGAACCGUAUGUGUUGCACUUGCUGGAUUGUUACCUAGGAUUAUGGAUAGUUACCUUGCGCAUGGAAAUGUUCUCACUGAAUUACUCUCUGAGCGUUCUCGUAGUUCAAAACGUCAAAGGUUUUUUAGACUUAAUGCUAUAGGCGGAGAAGAAGGUCCUGGGGAUAUUGAAGUUGAGGAAGAUGAAGAAACGAUGACUCUUGAGGAUAUUCGGAGUCGUAUCUUUGAAGAAGGUCCACCUAUUGUAAAGAACCCACGGUAUGCAACGUGUCGCCUUUCACAUAUUUGUGAUGGUUGCAGAAAAUCUUGUUUACCUGGUGACUGGUUUCGUUGUAAUAUUUGCCCAGAUUUUGAUUUCUGUGCUCAAUGUCUAUUGAUAAACUGGGAAGAACACGGAGAUAAUUCAACACCGCAUACAUUUUGUGAUAUGCAAGAAGUUCUGCCCUUAUCAUCAAAUAGAGGUGGUCCUUCUGGUACUGGCGCAUCUAACCCAACUACUACUACUACUGCUACUAAUACAAAUACUUCAUCUGCUACUACUACGGGUGCUGCUACUACUACAGCUACUAAUACUACUACAGCUACUAAUACUACGAAUACAACGGAUACGAAAAAAGGUGAUACUAAUUAUGAUAUUCUUAAUGAUCUUCGUCAGGAAAUGUACAAAAACAAUCCUCAAUUGUUGGAUAUUAUUGUAACCGGACUUCCAAAGAUGGUUACAUUAUUCAAUGAAUCAGAAACUCAUAUUGUGCGUAAUCAUACAUUGGCUUUUAUUGAUAGGGCUGUAUUUUUGGCAACACCAAAGCAAUUACAAGAAAGUGGUUUGGAUGAAGCUGCUGUGUGUCAGAUGAUUGUGGCUGCAGUAACAGACCCUAGUCUCAUUCUAAAUGUUCAAGCAAUGCCACUUUGUCGUAAACUCCUUGAAAAAGUACCAGAUGUGUAUAAAUCUGCAUUUGUUCGUGAAGGUGUUGCAAAUGCUUUGUUAAAAGCACAGCAACAAAAUUUACCAAAAACAUCUACUAGUGAAACAUCUUCUGAGGAAAAGAAACCUCUUAUAGAAAGACUUCAUACAGUUGCAGAUUGGCGAGAACUUGUGGUUUCAGAAGCUAAAAGUCUUCUUGGAAUGUUCCCUUCCGUAAAUGAUGCUACUCGUGUUGUGCGACUAACAGAAGUUGUUCGGCUUAUGCAAGAAGGUAAACUUCAUGAAGCCUUUGAGACACUGCGACUGGCUAUUAUGGAUGAUACCACGGCGUAUGAACUGGCAUCAAGUAAAGUCUUGCACGAACUACGAGAAACACUCUCUCGUGUAAAUGAUAUCAGAGUGGUUAUGGAUUUGAUAAACAUAUUAUCAAAAGAUGUACAAAAUGCCCCAUCUGCUCUUACUCGUUUUGUACGUCACUUACAAACUGUUAUGUCUCAAUUGGAUCAGUUCUCUCCUCCUAACUUUGGUGAUGUAAGCAGCAUUCAUGCACAAAUCCCUGUACGACUUCUUCCUCAUCCCGCAGAGUCAUCACGGCAAAAGACUACUCCAACAAGUAAAGGAGGUGUGUUUAAACGUCUCACCACAACUUCAUCUUCCAGUUCAAGAGAUACAAGUUUUAGACGUCCUGCACGUGUGACAUCCACACGAACUGGUUCCAUCACAAGUACGUCAGCUACUCAAGGUAAUACCUCAUCUUCUGCAUCGAAAGACUCUGUUGAAGCUCAUGAGGUCACCGUAUGUAUUGAACCUUUAACCAAUAUGGAAGCAUUAAUGUCAUUUGUAUCUCUUAAUAUACUUGGUGGAAAUUCAGAUGAUACUGGAAGUCGACGUAGGAUGGAUGAUGAAGAAAGAGUAGAGGAAGUAUUACCAGAAUUGGGUAAAGAUGAUAAUAGUACAAGUAAUAAUUCAAAAACAAAGAAAACAACGAAAGAAAAACAAAUACGACCAGUGUAUAUUCGUUAUGGAAAUCAUGUUUUACCACCAUCUAUAACUAUUUUACAAGUUAUAGAAAAAUAUCACAAUACAGAGUCAUUAUCUGCCUCAUCUAAUAAAAAGAAUUCUCAUGGUGGAAGUCGUGGUUUAUCUGAACGUUUUCUUGCUAUGAGAGAAGGGUUUGAACAUGAAGGAUCAUGGGAUAUGAUUAAACUUUAUUACAGUACUGUACCAUUUGGUCCAGAGUACUCUACUGUAUCAACAGAGGUUAAUAUUCCUCGUGGUACCCCUGCAGAUCCUCUUAUUGUUCGAAAACCAUCUGAGAGUGUACUUCCACCUGCUGUAGUUGAAGUGAUGCAAUCUUUAAAUAGAGAAUUUCUCUUCAGUGAUCGCUUCUUAACAGUUGCACAGAAGGAUGUAUUAACUUUAUUAGGUACUUUUUAUGAAGUGAUUAAAAAUUGGUCAGAUCUACUAAUUUAUAUAGGAAUGUCUGAAGAAAAGAAUCUGACCGAGGAUAAUGGGUUUCCUUCAACUUCACUUGCUGAUUUUAUUCACCGUAAGCUUAAUAAUAAAGCUAUGCGACAUUGUUCUAAUCUACUUCUUGCUGGUCAACACCUCAGUUUAUGGGCAGUUAAUCUUGCCUUGGAUUGUAAUUUUUUGUUUGCUCCGAUAACACGUAAAUAUCUUUUUGAGGUGAGUUUCUGUGGUACUAUUCGAUCUCUUGUACAAAUGCAGGAAAAUAUGGAAAAACAUGGUACACAAGGUUCUUCAGGUUCAGAUUUUCCAAUUACAAGAGUAUAUAAUCUUCAACGUGAGAAAAAACGUGUUUGGCGUGAUAAGGCUUUGGCAUGUGCGAUGCAAAUAAUGGGAAAAGGUCGUAUAAGUGGUUCUUCUGUACUUGAAUUUGAAUAUUAUAAUGAAAAUGGUAGUGGAAGUGGACCCACGAUGGAGUUUUAUUCUCUUGUCUCGGAUGAAUUGCGAGAAAUGAAACUUCAUCUAUGGAGACGAACAGAUGAAACACCUGAUGAGAAGUAUUAUCAACCCCGUAAUGGUUUAUAUCCACGUCCUUUACCUCCAAACUCUCCUGAACUGGAUCGUAUUGAACCCUAUUUUAUGCUACUGGGUCGACUCCUUGCACGUGCUUUACUGGAUAAACGAAUUAUUUCUCUUCCACUUUCACCUGUGCUUUUAAAAAUGCUUCGUGGAGAUGAAUGUGGAGUUUAUGAUUUGAUAGAUAUUAGUGAAUCUCUUGGUGCAUCCAUUGUAGCCCUUUCUCUUGCGGCUCAAAAGAAUAGUAAAAAAAUAAAGAUGCCAGGAUCAUCUACUUAUUGUGCUGUAGAAGAUUUAGGACUUGAUUUUACACUUCCUGGUGAUGAACCGAUUGAACUUAAACCAGAUGGAGAAAAUAUACCAGUAACCUCAAAAAAUAUUCUUGAAUAUUGUGAUGCUGUUACUUUAUUUCUUUUACAAACAGGAGUUGAACGUGUUGUUAAAGCAUUCCGUAGUGGUUUUCAUGACUAUAUUCCACUCUACGCGCUACGUAUGUUAAGUGUGGAAGAACUGCAUGAAGCUAUUCACGGUCACGCAUCCCUCGUGACUGUGGAAGAACUGGAAGCAAAUUGUUUGGCUGAUCAUGGCUAUACUUUAACUUCUCGUCAUGUGCGUUUGCUAUUUGAGAUUAUUGCUUCUUUUAAUGCAGAAGAACAAGAACGCUUUUUUCUUUUCCUAACAGGUUCUGCACAUCUCCCUGUGGGUGGUCUUGCUAGUCUACGUCCAAAGUUUACAAUUGUGCGUAAAACCUCAUCAGAUCCUCGAGUACGUGAGCAAGAUCAACUCCCAUCGGCAAUGACGUGUCAGAAUUAUUUGAAACUCCCAGCAUACGACAGUAAAGAACAGAUGGAACAAAAAUUGCGACAGGCAAUUGAUGAGGGAUGUGGGGCCUUCCUUCUCACAUAA